AUGAAUUACGGUAAUCCAAAAAAUUCUGCUGCAAUUUUAGAAAAAAAUUUAACAAAACUGCGUGGUGAGGUUAACAUAGCAUCCUUUGCUUAUCUAUUUGUGGAACUAGUCAAAUAUUCAAUGCGUAAUGUAUCUAGUAUGGAUCUUGUACAGAAAAGAUUGUCAGAUUUUGGCAAAUUUAUUGGUGAACGUAUUAUUGAUAUUGUGUAUCUAAGGGAUAAACCAAAUAAACGUGAUAUACGUUUAUAUAAUGCAUUAAUUUUUUUAAAAAUUAAUUUAUGGAAAAAUUUAUUUAAUAAAGAAGCUGAUGAAUUAGAAAGGGAUGGUGUAGAUGAAAAUAUUUUUUAUAUGAUUGAACAUGAACCUGUGAUGAAUCGUUUUAUACAAUUUAAUUAUGAAGAUAAAGAUGAAAAACGUAAAACAUCUGCUCCAUUGAAUGUUGCAGCGUUUAACGCUGGAAUUGUUGAAGCAUUCUUGUCAGGUAUUGGUUAUUUACGGCAACCUGGUACAAAGGGACUGCUUAUGUGAUUAAAUUUGAAGAGUCUGUGAAUAUUCGUGAGAGACAAUUGGAUAAUCGGUGAAUAUAGUUGACGGUAGGCGAAGUUGCAUAAAAACUCAUCAUAGUCUGAUGAAUGUCCUAACUUUUCUGUGAUUUUUCAUAUUCUGUAUAUUUAAUAAAUACAUUAAUCUUU